AUGGCAACCGAGCAUACAGCCCACCGCGGCCAAGAUCGAGUCUGGCGGGAGAUCAACACCCUGGACCGCCGAGCCGCCAUCAACAUGCCGAGCCCUCGCUGGCCACUCCGCUCGAUGCCUUCACGCCCGGGCAGCAGCCAAGAUCACUCACGUACGAGACGUUGCAGCCCUACUCUAGUGCUCUGCUAUGCGCGUUAG